UGUGGUUAUCCCAGCUUGACAUUUGUCAAAGCUGGGAUUGCACCUAAAGAAAGCUCCAGCCAAUUCAGGAGAGAAGUACAACCGCUGCCUAAGCAAAAACCUGUAGUGAUCCUGUAUGUGUCAGGAGUAUCAGAACAGUAGCAUGCUUCAAACCUGGGAUAUAACGAAGACGUCCGUCCAUAUAGUGCUCUGGGACAACGCAAGAAAUAUGAUAAAGGCCAUGAGUGAUGCUGAGCUGCCCAGCCUACCUUGUACUGCUCACACUCUCCAGCUGGUUGUUCAUGAGGGCCUUCUGUCACAGAAGAGUGUUGCUGAUGCGAUGGCAGUUGGCCGCAAAAUAGUUGGACAUUUUAAACAUUGUGCUCUGGCCAGCUCCCGUCUCGAGGACAUUCAAUUACAGAUCAACCAGCCCGCGAAGCGGCUCCAGCAAGACCUUCAGAACCGCUGGAACAGCACCUUUUAUAUGAUACAGUCAUUGAUCGAGCAGAAAUGGGCUCUGGGAAUAUUCGUCUGAAUAUGGACUCCCUGAUACGCUCAUGGCUCACCAGUGGACACUGCUGGAGAAGGUGUUAUCUGUUCUGGGUCCAUUCGAGGAGUUAACUCGAAAAGUCAGCUCUUCAGAUGCCAUGGCAGCAGACGUCAUUGCAGCAGUCACUGUGCUCCACAGAUUUCUAACAAGGGAGACUGAUGAGGACCAUGGGAUCAAAGCAAUGAAGGGAACCUUGGCUGCAGCUGUCAGGAUGCGGUUCACUGACGUGGAGGAAAACCCACUCUAUAGCAUCGCCACGCUACUCGAUCCCAGAUAUAAACAUCGUUUUUUCUCCAGCACCACAACUGCUGCAAAUGCCAAAGAGAUGCUAAAUUUUGAGCUGCUAAGGUUGCCUGGAGACAAGCAGGAGGAUCAUGACCUGAAUGAACCACCUUCAAAAAAAGCACGCAGUGACCAGCCCACAACUAGUCUGGACAGCAUGUUUGAUGAAAUUGCAGAUGAGCAGGCAUCAGCAUCGGUGGGCAGAGCUGCGGUAGGUUCUAGUGUAGAGUUAGAGACAUAUCUUGGGGAGGCCGCAAUUUUACGAGAAGACAAACCACUACAAUACUGGAUGGUUAAUAAAGUGCGGUUCCCAAACCUGGCUAAAGUGGCGUGCAGAUACCUUUCAGCACCAUGCACAAGGGUCGAUAGUGAAAGGCUGUUCAGCUCAGUGUCACACACUGUGAAUGAAAGCAGAAACAGGCUCACAGCUGAUCAUGCAGAGAUGAUUCUUUUCAUCACAAAGAACCUGCCUCUCACUUUCCCAAAAACAGCUUAGUUCGGAGGUCACACCAUUGCUUGCUGACUGAAGUUUUUUUGUUUGAUUACAAUGUGGACACUCUGCAAUAGGUGGUUCAUUAAUGUUAUGUCUCUCUGAAAGCUGGAGACUGCAAAACACUUUAGUUAUUUUGUUUGUUUGUUUUCAAUGUGGACACUGCAAUAAUUUAAGAGAAGUGUUUAUUUUAUUCUGAAACCUAAUUUUUAUUUAUUUUAUUCUGAACAGAAGUGUUUAUUUUUCAAUCUGAAAGCAGGAAAGAGACCCAAAGAGUUCAGUUAUUUUUUUAUUAUUAUUAUAAUGUGGAUACUCUGCAAUAGGUUCAUUAAUGUUAUGUCUCUCUGAAAGCUGGAAACUGCAAAAUACUUCACUUAUUUUGCUUGUUUGUUAACAAUGUGGGCACUGCAAUAAUUUAAGAGAAGUGUUUAUUUUUCACUUUAAAUUU